GUCAUCCAAUCAAAGUUCUUUCGGUCUCUGGUAUUUCCUGUGUCAGUUGGCAAAAAGGAAAAGCAGCAUCGGUCAGUUAAAGUGAAUUUGUUGGAUCUGGCAGAUAUUCUGGCUUAGGGAUGAAGAGACAGGACACCGACGAGCAGGAAACGACGAUGGAGAACCCCUCUGGAGCUCCACCCAACCCGAGGGACACAGCAGAUAGUACAGAAUCCGCCGAAACCCCCGGGAGUCCGCAGGCAGAAAAAUCCCAGCCGGCCGAAACUCCACCCCUCGACGCCAGUUCUAACGAUGGUUUGGGCGAGGCGGGCGCACUGGUCUCCACCUGUGACAUGGCCGAGGAGCUGAGCCGGCAGCUGGAAGACAUCCUCAGCACCUACUGCCAUCAGGACGCCGCAGAGGACACGCCCGUGCUCAACGGCCAAUCAGACGGCCUGGAGGUGAACGGCCUGGCCGAGAAGGAGGACGGCAAGCCAGAGGUGGUCAAAGUGAAUGGCGGUGUUGGUGGCGGCGGCGGCAGCAGAGGGAGCGAGCAGAAGAAGAUGCAGGACAAGAAGAAAGUGAAAGGACUUGGAAAAGAGAUAACACUUCUGAUGCAGACUCUUAACACGCUGAGCACACCAGAGGAGAAACUGUCAGGCCUGUGUAAGAAGUAUGCUGAACUGCUGGAGGAGCACCGCACCUCCCAGAAGCAGAUGCGCGUGCUGCAGAAGAAGCAGAACCAGCUGAUCCAGGAGAAGGACCACCUGAGGAACGAGCACAGCAAGGCCAUCCUGGCCCGCAGCAAGCUGGAGAGCCUGUGCCGGGAGCUGCAGAGACACAACCGCACGCUCAAGGAGAGCGGUGUUCAGCGCGCACGGGCCGAAGAGGAGAUGAGGAAGGAGGUGACGUCCCACUUCCAGGUGACGCUCAACGACAUCCAGGCGCAGAUGGAGCAGCACAACGAGAACAACGCCACACUGCGCAAGGAGAACAUGGAGCUGGCCGAGAAACUCAAGAAGCUCAUCGAGCAGUAUGAGCUCAGAGAGGAGCAUAUAGACAAAGUGUUCAAGCACAAAGACCUGCAACAGCAGCUGGUAGACGCUAAACUCCGACAGGCCCAGGAGCUGCUCAACGACUCCGAGGACCGCCACAAGAAGGAAAAGGAGUUUCUCCUGAAAGAGGCCAUGGAGUCUCAGAGAAUGUAUGAGCUGAUGAAGCAACAAGAAGAGCACUUAAGGGAGCAGUUGUCAUUAUACACAGAGAAGUUUGCGGAGUUUCAGAAUACGCUUUCCAAGAGCAACGAGGUGUUCACAACUUUCAAACAGGAAAUGGAGAAGAUGACAAAGAAGAUUAAGAAGCUGGAGAAGGAGACGACGAUGUACAGGUCACGCUGGGAGAGCAGCAACACAGCCCUGCUGGUGAUGGCAGAAGAGAAAACCCUGCAGGAUAGGGAGCUGGAGGGCCUGCAGCAGAAGGUGCAGCGGCUGGAGAAGCUCUGCCGGGCGCUGCAGAUUGAGCGCAACGAGCUCAGCAAGAAGAUCCAGGAGCUCAGCAGCAGCAGCAGCAGCAGCAGCAGCAGCGACGGCAGUGGCCCCCCAGAGGCCACAGACUCUGAGGAGGUCAGCCCCUCCCUCUCCGAGACCUCCCAGCCAGAGACUGUGGCCAGCCCUCCCUGCUCUGCCUCCUGUCACUGUGGGCCUGACCUGGGGGCCGAGGUGCAGAGGGAGGUGUGUGCGCUCACCGCACAGGAUUGAGCCCCUCCGUCUUGGGCCCCAGAGUCUGUUUGCAAGCCCUCUCCUCCCCCUUCUCUCUUUCCCCAUCUGCCUCCACCACCACCACCACCACCAUUACCUUCCUCCACCAGCUGUCCAGGUGUGCUCUGUCUGUGUGGCGGUCUCCUCUCAAGAGUGGGCUGUCGUCAGGGAAGAUUGUGCCUUCCAAGGUGGUUCUGAACUCUGCGCCUUUCUCACUUUUGUUUAUUUGACCUCUGCAUUUAUAAGCCUGUUUGUUAUUUGGUUGGUCUGUCUGUUUCUGCUCUCUCUCUCUCUUUCUCUCUCUCUUUCUUUCCAAGUCCAUUCCAUUUGGGCAGUGAGCCCGUCAUUAAAAGUGAGCUCGGUAUCGAGCGUCUGAAGGGGCACCGAAAAGUUGCUGCUGCUUAAGAAUGCUAUACCUUUAUUGAAGAUGGAGCUGAAAUUAUUGUGCGUGUGCGUGUGUGUGUGUGUGUGCGUGUGUGUGUGUGUGUGUUUACUGCUACAUUUGUCUUUGGAUUAUAUUUUCGGUUGACAAACUAAGGUGGAGGUUUGGCCAGUUUUAUCGCUUGAGACCAGCCUUGAAAGUCUUCAAACGUGAGGGCAGUGCACCCAGGCAGUGCAGUGGCCUCUUCUGGGUUUAGUUUCAGUCUGUCGCCUUAACUUAUGUAUUCAUUUACACCAUAUUUUAAAUUAUACAUUGUUUAUAAUAUUAAACAUUUAUUCCAGAAUGAUUACAGCAGGGUGUAGUUUUCACACUUUCUCCCCCUUCCAUUCAUAUUGUUUAUGUAACUUGAGUUUUGUUGCAUAGUCAAAAUGCCAGUAUCUUUAAUACAAGAAGUUUACUUUCAAUUGGUUUAUUAUCUAUUUCAAUUAUAUAUUGUGUCUUAGCUGAUCCUUACUAUGGCAUUUUGCUUCUUAUAAUUCCGUUGUCUUACUGACAAACAUUUCACUUGAAUGUGAUCAUGACCACUGAAAAAUACAAGAGCAGCUCAGUCUUUGAUGGGCAGAGGAUUAAUCUUGAAUUUAAUGUUCAUACAGCAUACCAAUGUUUUUGGUGUGUUGGUCAUCUGAAUGAAUACACUGCUUCAAAUGUUUGUCAUUUCCAAGUUAUCACCCAACUCCUUCCUUCUGUAUUCAAGAAGGUAAAAUAAAUUGACAACAGAUCAUUCCUAUGCAAUAGCAGCCUCCGGUCUGUUCAGAUGCCUUUGUUUGGUUUCUGUUCCAGCACGACAGUAAAACUAUCCCCCUCUUAUGAUGGAAGGAACUUAUAGUGUCACUUUCUUUUGUGUUCUCCACAAGCUGAUGGAUUUUCCUUUGCAUUUUCUUUUUUUGGCUUUUGAUAAAGAAUAUUCUCCCCCUUGCUGGUAUUAAGUCUAAUUUUUUUUUACUAUCCCAUAUUGUCAGGAAAGAAGAUAUUUGACCAUAUACUACUUUGUCCAGUGGUAAGAAAAGUGUAGCAUGGGGUUAUUGAGCAAUUCAUAUUUAAGUCUUCCAUUUGUCUCCAUGUAUUGUGGACUAAGAACAGAGCUUGAUUUCUGAGAACCAGUUUGGUGCAACAAAAGCAAACCACACUUGCCGGUUGUCUUUCAUGGCAAAAGUAAGAUUUCUUUCAUUCCUUUGCACUACUGUUGGACCUACUUAAUGUAUUGAAUAGGUACCAUGUCAUGGCGCCUUUAUUCUUAUUUUUUUUUUCUUUUUCAUGCCCUGUAUAAAUAAUUUGCAAAUUAAAAAUAUUCAUAAUG